AUGCAAGGUCCCCAACCCCGCACCUUAAAGCCUGGCGUAUACCUUCUCAAUAACCAGAAAGGGGGCACCGCCGCAGACCUCUCUGGAGGGGACAGAAGAUCCUUGAUUGGGUUCCCUGUGCACAGCGGCAUUAACCAACAAUGGAGGUUCAACCCGUCUGGAGCCGGAUUCUCCAUCCAGAGCGUCUCCGACCCGGACCUCUACGUGUCAGUUGAGGGUCUGUACCAGAAUGUUCCAGUCGUUGCCAUCCCAUUUCCUGUUAGCUGGGUCGUGGAACCCGACGAAUCGGAUGCGCAUGUCUGGAGAAUCCUCUGGCCAGAGUCGAAAUUAUGUCUUGACCUCGAAGGUCACGGAAGCAGUAAGCCAGGCGCGAAGGUCCUCUUAAUAUCUUCAUAUUAUACUAGAGCUCGUGUUAUUAACGGUGGCACCGUGCAGGUCGUACUGACGGAGCGGAAGUUCUUCGAAACCUCACAGCUCUGGACUCUUUCAGCGGUCGACGUCUACGAUGUGCCCCGGACUCCACACCAGAGAUCAGAGGAAGAAACUGAUGCAGACUCGCCCCCGUUAGGUGAACCUACAAAGAAGAGGAGCGAUGAUAUCGUUACCGCGAAACCACCAUCCUCUGAGGGAGCUCGAGGCCCGCCUACUCUGAAGGAAUACCUUGCUGAAUACUCAUGGACAGCUCUUCCCGUCGCCUUGGUGGCUCUUGUUGUCUCCCUUACCUCCUGA